AUGAAUAAAGAUAAUAAUAAUAAUAAUAAUAAUAGAAAUAAUGAAAAUAUAGAGGAUGAUGAUAAAGAGGAAGAAGAAGAGGUAGAGAAUGAUAAUAAUAUAUCAUCAACAUGUUCAGUAGAAGAUAAUGAUGAUUCAAGUGAUGAAUAUAGAUAUGCAUUAAACGAUCAAGACCAAGAAUAUGGUAGUGAUCACGAUUACGAAAUCGAAGAGCAUUUGGGAGUGUUGGAUGACAUGGAUGACGAUGAAAUUGAUCGACUGUACAACGACCUAAUAUUAGAGAAUGUUACUGACCCAACCGACUUGGUCUAUAACUAUCCCUUUCUUGGUGGAUUCUAUGAUGAAGAUUCAUCAAACAAUACACAAUUCCUACGUAAAUUGGAACAUAAAUAUAAUAUAAAACAUUCACCUGAUCAACAAGGUGGCGAUGAACAAGAUCAAUAUGUUGGAGAUGAUGAAGAUGAACAAGAUGAAAAUGGUGAUAUAGAAAUGGAUGAAAUUAAAGUUAAAUAUAUCGAUCAAAAAGAAGAAGAAGAAGAAGAAGAAGAAGAGGAGGAAGAAUGGUCAGAAGAUCAAGAAGACGAAGAAGAAUCAGAAAUUGAAAGAUAUCCUAAAUUAUUAUCACCAAUGACUUUAUUAUUCCCAAGUAGAUGUCCAAGUAGAAUUGAUUCAUUAAUCGAAACUACGACCCCGACUCUAUCUUCACCACCAACAGUCAUUAAAUCUGAUUUAAAAGAAUCACCUACUACACCAACACUAGGAUCGCCUCCACCAACACCACCAUCAUCAGCACCAAAGACAAUAGAACCACCUCCACCACCAUUAUACAUACCCGAAGAUUUAGCAGCUGCCGAUCGAUUAUUGGCAACCUAUCUCAGAACAGGUCUUAGUAUUAUGAGUGCAGGUGUUGGUCUUUCAUCUCGUUUAGGGUAUACCCAAAAUGCAAUGCUUUUAUCAAUAUUCUUUUUUGCAGCAGGAUUGGCAAUAUCAAUAUUAGGAUCAAUUAGAAAUUAUUAUUUAGUUGCAUAUAUUAAAAGAGGGUAUGUUUUACCUGCCAAAUACUCUAUAGCAACUGUUGUUUCCUGUGCUGUUGUAUUGGGUUCAAUUAGUCUUUGGAAAGCAAUCGAUGUUCCUCAACAAACAAUCAUCCUCCCAAUAUUAUAA